AGUCCCAAAUGGCUCCACGGGCUUCGGCCAAUGCUGAGCACUGGUGCUGAAGGCAGGAGGCAAGUUGGUUACUGCAUUAUGAAACUCCCCAUCGCUUUAUCUCAGCACAGAUCCUGAAACAGCAGAGUGCAACCACCAGCCCUACAAAGAUCUUCCGAAAUUGUUAAGAGUGUGGUACCUUCCAGGGCUGAACAAAAAUCGGCUUAUUCACAAGACAGAAGUUUUUACAACCCCUAGAGUACUCAGCUGUCAGUCCUGAUCUCUUGUGUGCUCUUACAUUGGUUUGCAGAAGAGGGAAUUUUUGAUAAGAAGUAUGAUGGAGGUAAAAAAAAGAAAAAAAAAGAAAAAGGAAAAAAAAGCCACCAAUCUUGGAAAAGCCUUCAGACGUUGUCAGUGCAAGAUCCUUGUGAUCUCUGAGUAUGACGAAGGCCUGGAUUAAUCCACUACCAAGGCUGCAGAAACAAACAAACCAAAGGUCAAACCCCAAGCAUCAAUUUUCUUAAUGGAUCCAUAUUUUAAACUAAUUUUACUUUGUAAAUUAGUUAAUAAAUGUACUUGUAAAUUCUCGGGAAAUUCAUUACGUGCUUUUCUAGUUGUGCUGUAAGUCUUCAUGAAAAUCAUGCCUCAUACAUUAAAAAAACAAUACCAAAUGCCACUGGAUCGUUAUUUUAAAUGUAAGACUCAGCUCAGCUGUACGUACACAGACAUGACAAGUACCUCCAUAGGCUAUACUUACUAAUUCUCUUUUGGUUUUAUUUUGAUUUUUCAGUACUUUUCUGAUUUGCUUUCCUUCGCUGUUGAGGUCACUGUGGGAAACAGGGUGGAAGCAACCACAGGAUGAUGUCUGUGGAAAUCAUCCAUUUGUUAAGAACUGCAGCUCCAGAACGGGUUUAGAAAUACUUUCUUAAGUCUCCAGAGAAUCAUAGAAUGGCCUGGGUUGAAAAGGACCAUAAUGAUCAUUAAAUUUCAACCCCCCUGCUAUGUGCAUGGUUGCCAACCAGCAGACCAGGCUGCCCAGAGCCACAUCCAGCCUGGCCUUGAAUGCCUCCAGGGAUGGGGCAUCCACAGCCUCCUUGGGCUUUUGAGGGUCAGCUCCUUAAGCACCCUGAGCUCUGUUAUUAAUUAAUUAGUUCUUUUAAUUAAUUAAUUAGUUCUUUUACAAGAAGUUUUUUGCUGACUUUCAGACACUUCUGACAUCAGAUCCCAUGCACUGACAGAGCUUAUGUCUCCAUUGCAAAAAAUAGGGAAAUUCCUUGCUAAUCAAGUGGUUUUCUCCAGAUCUGAUCCUCAGUGUGGAAUUUCAGGGAUGAGAAAGCAACAGGGAUCUUAUUGCAGGGUGACUGGUUAUGCUCAGUGCAGUACACUUGCUGGGAAUGAACCUCUAACAGUUAUAUCAAAGUAAUAAUUCCAGGGAAUUAAAUGCAAUAGCUGUCCUCAUUAAAAAUUAAUAAAGAGAUAAAUAUCAGUUCUUUCAAUGAAGGUGAAGCCAUAAAAGUCAUAGCAGAAGAAAACUCAGGCUUCGCCAAGCUCUCAGUCUAAAGUGAAAGGUAAAUGAAGAGUGGGAGGUAGAGGGGAGGAAAGGUGAGGGACUUGUUUGAAAGAGGUGUUCCUUUGGUGUCUUAUCAGAGCAGUGGUUUGGGUACAGCUCUUUGCAUGGCCCCUGGAACUCCAGAAUAAGAGGGGGUUUUUUUUCUUGUUUGAUUUCUAUCUCUUUGGUAGUACCGUAAAGUUCCCCAUGCAUGCUUUUGCCUGUAUUAUUACUAAAUCAUUCUAGUAAAUAAUCAGGGGAUGAUUUUGAGAGUGGUAUGCCUUUCUUCCCCACAGCCAGCUAAAGGGCUUUACCAUUCUUUGUAUGCAAUAGCUGAGAGGCACUGGGAAUGCAAGCACACCUGUAACUACUCUUUUGAGUCUUUCAAGCACCUGGUGAUUUCAUCUGGUAAUUAAGGAAGAUUUUGAAGGAAACCCACUGCACUUCAGGAGAUGGUGUUAUUGAUUCAGUGGAGCCCUUUCCUCUGAGUCAAUACUGAAUGAUAUGCCUUAGUACGUUUCUUGCACAUGAUACCCCCCAACCACAGCUUGAUUACUUGUGGUCAUCAAUUAUCCUGAGGUUAAUUGCAUAAGCCUGAAGGUGUUUGCCCUCAUAGCCCAGGCAGAUUUCAGUUUGCCUUCUGCACAUCAGACAUCUUGAUUUUAAUUGGGCAGUUGUUACUCCUGCUCCCAACCUGCUGUGCACUGCUGAAAAGCACUGGAGGAUGGAUUUCAUUGUUAGCUGAAGGGAUAGGUAUAGAAGCAGAGAAUGUGGCUGCCAAACCAGAGGUACCCUCUAGGGGAAAGCUGGGGUCAAAGGACACAGUUGAAAUGGUUUAAUAUUCAGGCUUACUAACUCAACUACCCCAUUCCAGAAGUGUCCAGGGAAGUGUGAUUCUCAAUAAGGCUGCAGCAAGAAAAGAGAUCUUAAUAGGGUUGCUUAAUUAAGCUGUUGGGUAGCUCUCGCAAGAGAAGCCAAAGGAGCAGCUGUAAUCCUUUAAAACCUACCAAGGAGAAACUGCAGCAGUGUGUGGCCCCUACAUCCUGCCCAGUGCCACCGCAUCUCUCUCCAGUGGAACCAAUCAGGUAACAGAAAUACAAAAUGAGUCUGAAUUUAAUUCCUUUGUUGUGAAACGCAGUGGGAAUCUCUUGGGGGUGACCAGCAGUUAUUUUCUUAAUGAAUUACUACUGUUUGGAACAAUUUCUGAUCAGAAUGGUUAGCUUUGCUUUUCUGCAAUGUGUUUAGCUUUGGAGAAAGAUGUGCUUUUGAAAUGCUGCUCUGUUCAGUCUAAACGAGCUUGGUAUGGCAUUUCCUAAGGGGAAGGGCUGAGCAUCUACUUUGUUCCCUGACCAACUGCAGAGAGAAGCGACGUCCAAUUGGUUUCAGACCAGGAGACAAUAUGCCAAAACUCAGCUACUGCUUUUGGAAUAUUUGGAGAUUCAUUUCUGUUAUGAAGAAAAGAUAAUCACUAUUUUAAUUUUUGACAAGCUGCAAGCUAGAAAGCAAAGCUCAUUUUCAGGACUAAAGCGACAGCAUACUGUAAUCAAAUAUAGCAAGAUAUGAAGUAGUAAUGAAACUGAUAGUUAUAGUUUCUUAAAUCUGAUAGCAGGUGAAACAGAAAUGAGAAGAAACUGGUACAGAACAGAAAAUGGAAAUGCAGUGAAGAGAGGGCUUGUUUUUUCAUAUGGAAGUAGAAGUGCAGUGUUGCAAGGGUUUUCAAGGGUAUUCAAUUUGGAAAAAAUUCACCCUGUUCAUCAAGUAAGAAAUCAUGCUAAUUGCUUUUCUGAGGUGUUAAAUCCUGUAGAAGUUCAUGGACCAUGCUUACAUCUCAUGAUGAGUGAUUCACACCAUUGGUAGUUUCCCAGUUCAGAGCCCUCACUACACUCGUACGGUUCCUGUGCUUUGCAGCUCUUGAAGCUGUAUUCUGCAGGCCUUCAAAGGUAUGGUGAAGAGGAGCACGUUCCUUAAGCUGUAAGGUACAUGACAUAGACUCUCUUUCAGUGUCUUGCCUGACAAUUUUAACCAAGUAGUUUUAUUUUCCAUUCUGGAAUUUCCUUUCCCCCCGUUUUCCCCCUCCCGUUUUCCCCCCCUUUUCCUGAUUUCUAUCUGUAAACAAUGAUUUUUUUUUCAUUUUUAAGUUAUACGAUGAGGAUAUAAAUCAUACAUAAUUCAAGAAAUAAUGAUUGUAAUGCUAGCCUCACUUUACUGCGUUUUGACAAUAUGCAACUAUAUAACUGGAGCCCAGCACUGAAAUCAAUAUCGCUUUUUUAAUUUUUAUUUUUUCACAAACUUUUAAGGUGAUUGAUAGUGAAAGGAGAACUCAAAUCAUUUAAUGAAGAUUUUGUACCUAAAUGAUUUUUAGUACACCUUUGACCUAUACAGGUACAUGAUUUAUAUUAUUGCCUGCAUAGGACUGGUAUUCCACUAGAGCUGUCACUGUAGAAAAGUUGAGUUAUCCUCAUCGUAUGUAAUUUCAGAGUUAGCACUGCCAUGAGUGAGGGCUUGAUGUUGAUGAUCUCCACAGAUCCAUUUUAAUGCAACUGCUCAUAGAAUCAUAGAAUGGCUUGGGUUGGAAGGGACCUCAAGGAUCAUCAAGCUCCAACCCUGCUGCCGCAUGCAGGGCCACCAACUUCCAUAUCUAAUACUAGACCAUAUAGACUUACACACUACACUAAAUAUUCCAUUAGAGGUUGAGAUAAUGGAAAGCCACUUGGAAACUGGGAUCAAAUGGGAAAGUUGCACUUGGGUAGUGUACGAUGUGUACAUGCUAAAGAUUGGUCAAGACAAAUACUGUAGUAUGAUUCUAACCCAUUGUUUUUUGUUAACUUGCCCCAUGUAGAAGAAUACCAUUUGUGAAAGCUCGUUGCUCCAAGUAGUUUGUGUUAUGGACAGGGAAGACAAUCCAAAGGGUGAGGAAAAGAGAUGUAACGUAGAAACACAAGGAGCGAUGCAAAAGACUGGCAAUAUCAUAUCAAUUCCCUAAUUUCUUUUCAAUGAGGUACUUCUCAUGACAACGCUGCCGUCAGCACAGUGUAUUCAGGAGGAUAAUUGUAGGAACAACUGUGCGUGGUGUUUUAUUGUAUUAUGGAAGAAUUAAGACAUUGUCCUCUCCUCAUAAACCAUAGUGUAAUGUUGAAAAGCUGGCUCCUUAAAAUGUGUGCACAAGCAUUUCUCAGCUGGAGAGCAAGGACAAGGUGAAACAGUUGUGUUCUGUCAUUUAAGUGUGCUGGUGCAACCAGGGUUAGGUCUCAGGGGUGUGAGAACUGGUUUGUAGCUGUUGUGGAUCAUGCUGUGCUUCUGUCCUGAUUACCUGUGAGUUCCUUUGUGUGGAGCCUCCCUUCAAUUCAUCGCCACUCCCAAUGGCUUUUGGACCUUUAUGUAUCUCAAUAAGUGUUCUUUGGACUGGACUUGCUAAUAGAAAUUGAAUUCCAGCUCAUUCCAUUUCCUCUUCUCUACAAAAGCCAAUACAAGCAUAGUACAUAGGUUGGAACUGAAGUAAUAUGCCUUCAAUUGUCACCCAAAGACAUAGGAGAAUACGUUUUUGUAAACUUUUUGAAUCAGAAUUGCGUGCACUUCUUUAUUUAAUAGGACAGAAUCUGCACAGACUUUGCCCAGUGUUCAGGUUUUCAGAUAAAUAAAUGUGAGACUUCAUAUGAAUACAAAUAUGAAUACAAAUGUCAUGUAUGUACAUUUUUGCUUCCAUUAAAGCAAUUUUACUUGAAGAUAUAAGUGCUGCCAUUCAGUGGUUUGUAUGCAAACUGUGGUUUUGAGCAAGAAUGACUGAAUCUGAGAGGCAACAUCCAGCCUACAGUCACUCACCAAGGUUAAUUGAGUGCAGUAUCAAUAACUUACAGAAUAGAUGUGCAGGGGAGGGGUGGCCUGCAGUGUAUCUAGUAGCUAUGAAAUCUUAAUAAUUUAAAGGCUAAAAUAGCUUGGACUUUAAAAAAAAAAAAAAAAAAAAAAAAAGGAAGAAAAAGAAAAUAAUAAUGCAGGUUUUGGUAAAAUGCCCUUUACCUAUGUGACGAGCUGCAAGUCUUAUUUUAGAUGCAAACACGUUGUUAACUCUGCGCAAAGCCUAAAUACAGUCUCCUUGUGAGUUGCCCUUUGAGUAGCCUCAUAAAGUAUCUUUUAUACUCACCUCCAUCACCUUCAGAAAAUAUCUUCUGUGUGGUAUUUUGUCAGGAUCUUCAUCUCCAUAAUGAUUGCUCUUUUCUUCUUAAUUUAGAGCUAAGAAAAUAUUUGUCCAGAAUUUCAAACCCAAGGGCUUGAACUGAGGUGCCAAAGCCUCACAGGUGUGCAUGCUUUAAAAAUGUCUUCACACUUAAGGUUGCUAAAUAUACAUGGACCUGACUUCAGUAAGCAGUCAGAUACUGAAAACUUCUGCUUCUAUCUAGAACUAUAAGCAGAAGUGAAGGAGCUUCACGUGAGGCCUGAUCACGCUUUACAAGGUUGCCAUAUAGUCUUUCCAUGAAAAUCUUUAAAUGAUUUGAACAUUACUGCUAAUGUUUGAGAAAUGCCUAAAUUCCAGCUUGAGCUGAUACCUGCUCAUGGCUGCUCCUUGUCACCGACACACAACAUGUGCCUACCCUCCAAGUGUAUGUGGGCCACUGCAUUCACAGUUGCUCAGAUUCGUAUUUGCUCAGGAAAACGCAACACACAUCACCUGAAAUAUGCUUGUGGGACCUCUGCUGCUCCAUUCAGGCGUACUGCAAAUGAACAUCUUUCAUUUAUAAUCAGAUCCCUGGAGACAGAAAUGCUUAAACAUACUUUUGCUUGGAUGUGUUCAGGCUUGCAUGCAGAGUGCCUGCUCACAUCCAAGUGUAGCAAAGGCAGCUCACAGCUUCUUGUCUUCACCCCAGUAUGCAUGUAAUCCCAUUUGCUUACACACAGAGGACCAUUAAGGUUGGAGAAGACCUCUAGCAUCACCCAGUCCAACCACCAGCCCAUCCCCACCAUGCCCACUAACCAUGUCCUCAGUGCCACAUCCACACGAUUCUUAAACACUUUCUACCCUUUUCUUGAACACCACAAAUACAUUCUUGAACACAUGCAGUCUGCUGUGUGUCAUAGCAAAUAAUUUAAAUCUUUCUUCCCAUUCUGCUCGAAAUGCAAAUGUGGAUAGCACAUCAAGAUUAGAAGUAAAUGUAGCAGAAUGACUUCAGUCAACCUCAAAUGUCGGAUGACUCAUUCACACCCUUUGCACAGUGUUCCCUGUUCGCCACAUGCGAUCUACUGAGCAGUCUGGCAGCUGCAUGGUUCCCUACCACGGAGCAGCAUCGAUCGCUUGUUCGCUGGAGGAGUGGGGCAGCAACUGCUUCACAAAGUGUGCAGGGGUUGUGCAGUGAGUCCCCAUCGACCUCACUGCUGUAAAAGCUCCCAGGCUGUAGGAGUGGGAAACGUAGCAUGUCAGCCCUGAUCUACGUAUAGGAACAUGGUGUUUAAUGAAGCCUUGGUCUGCACAUUAGUUCAGUAUGGGGUAUUGCUACAUCAGGAUAAGGCUUGGGUAUUUUUGUUCCAGAUGAUGGGAACCUAUUCCAAUUCGGUAGAACUUAUAUUUGGAUUAACAAACAAGUUGCUUCUACUUGAGAGCAAAAGUGUCUAACACAUUAAAUCAUUCAGAAACCACCGCUGCACUUUAAUUUCAAAGGUAUCAUAAUCCAAGUGAACGAAAAAAUGCAUAGACAAGCAUGAAAUAUGUUCUGCACUUCUCCUUAAAAUGAUACGAUUUCUGUGCAGAGACAAACCCCAGGAGUAGUAACAAGCUGGCAUUCACAUUUACCUUAUAAUCAGAAGAAAAAUUGGAUUGACUGUUGGAGUUGCAUCUUUAAAUGUACAAAUUAUUGUAAUUGAUUGCUUUUAAAACCCUUUCAAAAGCAUCCCCAAGCGCAGAUGCACACGGGCUGACUUUAAUUUAUAGACAGGCUGUUUUGUAGCACUUAGGCCUUGUAAAAGAGGUGCUGUGUUUAAAUGGAAGUUGAGCCAUGAAGAUCCAUUAAGCAGAAAAAAACCCAGCUAAUGCAGCACUGAGACUCAGAAUGUAAAUAUGCAGUAGUGACAUUAUGCAAUGAACAUACCAUGGGAGUAUUAAUUGUACCACAUGGCAUUCACAGCAUUUCAAUUUCUCCUUCCCUACUUAAAUGUGAAACUUUUAAUAGAAAGUUUAUCAGCUCUUUUUCUCAGAACAGAUGUGGCUAUGAACUGAAAUUAUGUGUAGCGUGGCCAAGAUAAGAGGGCUCUUAGAACCCAAUGAUUUCCAGUGUUUGUUUUUAGAUUAUCAUAGACAAAUGUAUGUUCAACUCAAUAACGUAUUCCUUUUUUUCUUUUCCACGCAAGAAGAGAAGUAUGUAUUUUAAAAAAAGUGAAAUUUUCUAUAGAAAACAACUUGCACAGUCAUGUUCAGUUUUGUACAAAUGCAGAUCUAUGUUAAAAGAAAAAAGAGAUGCUACUUUUUUGUACUGAUUUAACUUUUGUUCUACUUUUGUGCCAAACACUGUUGGCACACAAUGUAAUUUUAGUAGUAGCGUUGCAAGUUCUGCACAAUUGGCUGCUAGGAGGAAUCUUACACACAUAUACAUACACACACACACACACACACAAACGCCUCACUGAUCUCACUCUUCUUCCAUCCCAUUUUACACAAAAUUCCAUCAGCUGGCAUGAGCAGAGAAACACACAGCAGCUGAUUGGAAAUGUAAUUCUAUUUACCCUACAUUAUUGCUAACAGAUUUUCAUACUGUUUUGUUCUCAUAUCCCACUCAAACGGGAUAUCAAACCCAAUAUAAGAGCAAAAACUAUUUUUACCAGAUUGGAUUAAUGUCUCAAUGCAAUGAAAUCUCUAGGUUGUGCUACGCUCAAGAAGAAAGACCUGAUGGCCUUCUGUUGUGUCCUCCAUCACUUACACGUGCAGAGCGGAGUUUGUUGUUUGUUGUGGAAAUGAUCCAGUGACACACAGGGAACUUAAUCCUAUCUUGGCAUUUACAGACUUUUUUUCUGCAUUUCCAUUUCACGUUGUGAAAUGUUUGAUCCAAAGGGAUACACAUCAGUGUGCACUCGUAUGCAAGAGUAUCAGCAGAGAUGAGCUUUUGGCUGAAGUACAAGAGCUCAGACUUACAGAGCAGUGAUUGGAUGCUGCCAUGUAUUUUGGAAAUCUCUCUGACUGUCAAUGCUGGAGCUAAUUAAUCUUAAGUAUUCUUUACCCAUAUUUAGAUACCCAAAUGCAAGGAAAGCACCUCUGAAUAUCAGAGUUGAAGUGUAGGUGGUUUCACUAUCUGUGGGGGUUGGUUGGUUUUAAUCUACACUCAUAGUAGCAGAUUCUUGAUUUUGUUCUGACUCUUUUGCUCUGGGAGCAUCUUUUGGAAAGUCCUUCCUGAUGGGAAAUGUGUCUGAAAUGCAGCAUCACUCCUCAUCCUGGUCUCUUGUAUGAUCUAUUUGAGAAAUCUGACUGUUGGCAUGCAGUGCUUUGCAGACCUCUGACACCAAUGGCAGUAGGACAGUGAGAGCUCUGAGAAGAGCUGCUGCUCUUAUAGCUGCUUGCAGGAUGGUUCCCUGGAGCUGCUCACAGCCGGUGCAAAUCAGAGCAGCUUUGACAGUACUUGUAAUUACCCCAAAGACCAGUUUUCUGAUGAGUAGUCCCAGAAUUGCACAGAGCCCAAGCAUGGUCUGAUGCCCUCUUGAUCUCUCUCUAUUGCAUUCUUUUAAUAAGAAUAGAUUUUCAUGGAAGGUAGAGAUCAAAGUGGGAUACACAAAAGCAGAUGUUCAUACAUGUAUAUGGCCUGCAGAACAAAUUCAGAAGCGUGUUUGCUUGCACUUGUUGUGAUCUGUAUGCAUUCAUCCUUGGGGGUGUUACUUGACAGCCAGCUACUCAUGAGCCAGCAGUGUGCCCAGGUGGCCAGGAAGGCCAAUGGCAUCCUGGCUGGUAUCAUGAACAGUGCUGCCAGCAGGAACAGGGAGGUGACUGGGUGUAGUGAGGCUGCACCUCAAGUGCUGUUUUCAGUUGGGGUCUCUCACUACAGGAAAGACAGGGAGGACCUGGAGCAUGUCCAGAGAAGGGCAGUGGAGCUGUGAGGGGUCUGGAUGAUGGAAGUCUGAUGAGGAACAGCUGAGGGAACUGGGGUUGUUCAGGCUGGAGAAGAGGAGCUCAGGAGAGACCUCAUCACUCUCUACAGCAACCUCAAAGGAGGUUCUGGAGAGGUGGGGGUCAGCCUCUGCUUCCAGGUGACAGUAAUAGGGCAAGAGGGAAUGGCCUCAAGUUGCACCAGGGGAGGCUUAGGUUGGAUAUUAAGAAAAUUUUCUUUUCAGAAGGGGCAGUGCUGCAGUGGCACAGGCUGCCCAGGGAGGUGGUGCAGUCACCAUCCCUGGAGGUGUUCCAGAGCCGUGUGGAUGUGGCACUGAGGACGUGGUCAGUGGGCAUGGUGGGGAUGGGCUGGCAGCUGGACUAGCUGAUCUUAGAGGUCUUUUCCAGCCUUAACAAUUCUACGUCAUCCUGCAGUGCACUUCCAAUAUCAGUGUAAAGACACUAAACACACUACAUAAACCUACUGAUAUAUUGAUAUAUGGUAGUCUUAAAUUCUGCUAGUCCACAGAGUGCAAGCUCUACCUGUACCCAAAAGCAAAUCCCUCACAUGCAUAUGCGUACAGCGGGAGCGUGAUUGUUAUUCUGAUAACCACCCUUUUGCAGUAAAGUACGCAUCAGCCAGUACCAACGCUUACUCAGAAAAGAUGAGAAAAAUUGAGAGGCAGUUAGCUAGAUAAGGUAUGAGGGUUUAAAAAAAAAAAAAAAUAGCAUAGAAGGAAGUGACUACAUUUUUCAUACUUUAGGUGUUUGUCUGGAAGGCUUGAGAAGGAGCUGCUCAACAAUUGUGCCAAAAGAGACCGUUCGAAGCAGUUUCCCAUCAGGUGGCAUUCCUCAAGUGUCUGCUCUUUAGGAGUAGGCAGGAGAAUUCAUUCUGUGGGAAGCAGUUAAUGGAGCUGCAUUACCGACCCCUUAUCACUCUGUCUGAUAGAGAGACAGCAGGUUCACUUUGGCAGUUCCAGAGCCCUGAUCAGUUCAGAUUAGGGGCACAUUGUCUGUCUGGCUUAAUCAAGCGUGUUUAGGUAUAUUUAUCAUGAUUAAAGGGUGUAGCACAGGGAGGGGGGAGAAAUAAAUAGUGAAUGUACUGUUCUCUGGCUUCAAAUGGAGGCUUAGCAAAUCCCACUGAGUCACUAGGUGCUCAUCAUAGGGAGAAUUUAAAUCCUGGGAAGGAAUGUUUUGUUGAGCGCUCCAGUGCUGGGUUCAAAUCACUGAAGAAGAAUUAUUUCUUUGUCUUUUUCUCUCCUUUCUUUCUUCCUCUUUCUGCUCGCACGCAGCAAAGGAGCAAAUCAGCAGCUCAUGCAGCUCAUGUUGAUUUUGCUUGAUACACAUGCAACCCCUGCUUAGCUUACCUGUAGCUGGAAUUCUAAUGUGAUAACAAAAUUAACUGUCAUCAUAAAGGCCUACGUGUCUGGCUCCCCUAGUUUUGUCAGAUUUAUAUUUCAGGGAAGCACAGGGAAUGGCUGCAAUAGCCUGUAGGACUUUGCUAAUUGUUACUGUUCAGAAAGCAAGGUGAUAAGCUGUAGUCUGGGAAGAGGCUCCUUCUAUCAGUAGCAGUGCUUCUCUCUGUCUUCACUUGACAGUUUUUUGGAUUUGAACACGUAAAAAGAACUAGUUUCAUGUAUUAUAAAUUUGGAUGUGCCAAAUUUGCUGCUGGUGUAAUUUGGUACAGUUUGUAGAUGAUGAUGGAAACCAGCUGCUUGACUCAACGUGAAGCUGAAAGAGGUGGUGUUGGCUCCCAAGAGAGCAGUAAGAAGGAGAAAGCUUUCUCGGAUCUCUUAAUGCUGAGGAUGAUCAGAGAACAAGUCCUGCCAGGGAAGAGCUCCAGAGCAGAGCUCAGGCUGCAUGGUGCAUGAGUUCUGGCCCUGGAUUGCUAGCCUUCAUGGCUCUUAGCUGAGAUCAGUGUAGGGCAGGCUCGGGAAAUAUGCUGUUAUGAAGAGUGCAUUUCUGCUCGUCUUUUCCUGUGGUCUCCAAACUUCAUCAGUAUUUCCCAAUGAAGGUGCAAACUGACAUGAGGUGAACAGAGGCUUCCUUGGUAUCUUCAUUGGCCUGAUGUGUAGAAACUUAUUGGGCAUGGCAGCCACGAGUCACUGGCUGGACUAGAUGAUCUCAGUGGUCUUUUCCAACCUUUAUCAUUCUAUUCUAAGGUAGAUCAUGGUCUCCGGGUUGAAAACCUCUGAGGCAGAACACUACACAGCACAGCAGGCAUGCUGUGUCCUCAAAGCAGGUGUCAGCACACCAGCUGUAAGGCAGUUGCCUCUGUCUCAACCCUUGCACAGCAAGCAGUUAAAAGAAAUCUAUAGCAGUAAAGAAAAGAGGUCAGAACUUCCAUUCCUCCAUCAUAAUCUGCUGCUUUCUCCUCUGCUAAUCCAGUCACUUCUGUGAAGGUUCAGUGCUUGAGAUGUUGUAAUUGCUGUCAAGAUGAUGAUCUGAGAUGUCAUGAGCAUGGUUCAGAGUAAUCACCCUACAAAUACAGAAGGUGGAGAACCUAUCUGAUUCUGCACAAAAAGCUACUAGUGAGACUCAAAGAAUUCAGUAAUCGGGAGGUACGGGUUGGGAAAAACAGAAGAUAAAGUUAGCGCAUUUGGAGGGAUUUUGAAGAAAAUAUUUAAUCUCAUCAAGUUUGACAGUGCUCGUUUAGAACAUAAAAGUAGAGGAUCAUAGCAAUACAUUCCCAACAAAAAAAUCUCUCAGAAGUGCAGAGAUGCUCAUCAGCCAGAAUGGUAGGAGGUAUCUUUGGGGAUGAAUUAACAGGAUGAUGGGAAGGCUUGCAUGAAUCAACUAGCAAAACAGCACCGCUGUUCGGGAUUAAAGCCACAUCUCUCUGCAGUAAGUGGUGCUGUGUUAAUGGUAUCAGGCAGUUAGGGUUGUACACUCUCCCAGCAUACGUAGAACAGAGUGAGCUGCCUGAGAUUCCUGUGAUGCGAACGAACCAGACUGCUGCAGUUUGAGCAACAAGAUUCAAGAAAAUCUUUAUUAACAGGAGAGAAAGCAAACUGGGACAGGGCACUGCCCGGAUCAGUUUGUGGAGCUCUGCAGAAAAGCUUUUUUAUAGCACUGCCACUCCUGUGCACUCAGUCCUGGAAAAAAUAACUGCCCGCUAAUGACCUGUCACUGUGGACAGCCCGAGCAGCUGUUUGCAGAAAGCAAAGCAGUGAGAGAGGAUGGAUUGCUGUGCGAAGAGCACAUCUGAGUAUGGGACAAGAAUAGAUGGGAGAUUGGGUAAGAACAGACAGCUUCCAUUCAUAACAUUCAGCUUUAUGUGGAUUUACAACCCUGAUGCUCCUGAAUCCAUAGAUGCUGAGUUAUUACUUAAAACAAAAUAUAGCAAUUGAAAUUUCCCUUGUUUCCACAGUCCUACUUCAGUUUCCCUUUCUGGCAAUGAUACUUUCUAGAGGAAAACUAAUUAGGAACAUGGAGAAGUAGUGUACUUUGAGGACAAACAAAACACAGUCACUUCAUCUUUCUUCUAUUAUCAACAUGAACAAUUUGGAGUGGGCAAAAUGUUUGACUCAUACCUUUAUAUUGGAAUAAUUUCCUUCUCCCUUUUUGUUCUUUCUCCUCCUUUUAUCCUCCAAGUGCCUUUUUUUUUUUUUUUUUUCCUGGCAGCCCCCAUGCUUUUCCAGAUAGAAAUUAAAGUGAGUAAAAUGCCUUGGAAAGUUUUUUCUCGAAAUCUCCAGCUCAGAAUGAAAUGGCUAAAAUUUUUGUAAGAGUUUAUUCAUGGGCAGGUUUCAGGCAUGUUUGCAGACACAAUUAUUUUGAGUCAUUUACUUAAGCAUAAAGGCAGGUGUAAGUUUUUUGGAAACUUUUUUAAAUCACAGAACCAUUACAGCUGGAAAAGACCUCUAAGAUGAGCUGGUCCAGCUGCCAGCUGAUCCCCACUAUGCCCACUGACAAUGUCCUCAGUGCCACAUCCACACGGCUCUGGAACACCUCCAGGGAUGGUGACUCCACCACCUCCCUGGGCAGCCUGUGCCACUGCAGCACUGCUCUUUGGGAGAAAAAGUUUUUUCCUAACAUCCAACCUGAUCCACUGCUGGUGUAAUUUGAGGCCAUUUCCUCUCAUCCUAUCUCUGUUACCUGGGAGCAGAGGCUGAUCCCUACCUCACUGCAACCUCCUUUCAGGUUGCUGUAGAGAGUGAUGAGGUCUCUCCCCUGAGCAGCCUAUUCUCCAGUCUAUCCAGGUUUUCCCAAGCUGUAUCGUGGCCAUGGUUCAGCUGUUCCAUCUCUGUGCCAGUAGAAGAUGUUCCUGAGGAUGAUGUAAGCAGUCUGCAGCAAGUGGUUGUAGAAUAAUCUGUGUGCUUGAAUUGGACUUUAUUCAGUUGCCUAAGAGAGCUUGGCUAAAACAUGGAAACGUGGAGUCUACAACCUUUUCUAUGGCAUUUGUUACCAUUCAUUUUAUCUGGGAUAUCUGGGUGCUUCUUUGCAGUUUUUGACACAUCUGUGCUGCAUGGUGAAGAGGUUAACGUGCUGCUGUAACAGUGACAGGGGAAGAAUGUAUAGAAGUAAAACAAGAAAGAAAAGAGAGUUAGCUCUUACCCUGUCUUAUUCCCUAUCCUUUCUCAUUACCGAGGGCCUGCCGCCACUCAGUCUUCCAUUUGUGGUAGGGAAAGCCAUGUCUUGUAGGGUUUGACAUUAAAUAUGUUCGGUAUUUUCACGUAACCAUUCUGGACACCUUGCAGGAAGGCAGGCAGUGCGCGCUGACAGUGCCAGGCAGCAGGCAUGAGUGACAGCUCACAGCAGCUCUCUUGCUGGGGGGCCCAUUAGAUCACAUCAUGGUAAAAACAGAGGAAAUAGGUCGUUAUAAUGUGCAAUGUAAUGAAAUCUGUCAGGCCAUUCGCGGAGCAUGAAAAUAAAUAUAGCUUAAAUUCAAGAGGACUGUAUCCAACCCACCUUUCUGACUCCCACUGCGCUGACGCUUUGAUAGAAUUAUCUACAGGAACUCAAAGGUAUCUUUUCUGAGUAGUAGUUGCUAAUUUUAAGUUUAUCAACGUGUUCAUGUAGUGAAGGCAGAUUAUUCCCAUGUCCAUUACUUUGCAGUCAAGAGCGCGGAGAUUCAUCUUCCAUUUUAGCGGUAUUUUGAAAGCCAUCUGCGAGUCUUUGUGAUCGGGUUUAAUUUGUAUGACCAUGAUUUUUUUUCUCAUCAGUAAGCUUUGUCACUUCAUUUUUUUCCCACAGCAUUUAUGAAUAUGUUGAACUGUUAAUUCAUUCCCUAAUUUUUAUUCAGCUGUUAAUCCUCUAUAGGAACUUUCCUCUUCUCGGAGAGCUUAGGAGGGAGGCUUUUAAAGACUCUUCAGUAAGAGACUUCAUCAAAAAGGGUUUAGAAAUGGAUGUGUGUUGCAUCAAAUGAUCACCUGCACCCACAUGCUCAUUGUCUUCACAGAACUGCAUCAGAUUUGUGCAGUAGGACUUCCUUCUGCAAAAACUACCAGGUGCAACCGCUGUGUCAUUUCUCUCUUCCCGGUAAUUUUUUCCUUCAUUAUGGUUUCUGCGUAUUAAUUUCAGGCAUACAGAAGUUAGACCUCCUGCUCUUUGCAUCCCCUCAAAGCACUUUUAAAAUGGUUGGCAUUGUGUUUGCUGCUUUUUGCCCUAAUAUGGAGACUGAGUUAAGUCCUACAUUGUAUGUCACAGCUUAAUUGCUCAACCUUUACUAUUUCACGCUCCGUUUAAUUUUCAAUCAAGAUUUAUAAAAUAUUGAAUCCUUGGAUUUACUCCUGUUCAUUUACUGAUUUGUCCUAAAAUCACUUCUUCUAGUUUCCCUGGCUUUUCUUCACAAAGAAAACCCCAACGUGGGAAACAGCUUACAUCCCUUUGGAAGACACACGGAUGCUGAGAAUUCACUUAGCUUUUAUGCCUCAUCCUUAUCUUCUUUGAGCACUCUUUUUACAUCUCAAUCAUCUGUCAGCCUUACAGACACUCUGGCAGGCUUCCUGCUUCUGUUGUCUUUGAAAAUAAUUUUAUUACAUGUUUUUAUGUCUUCAGCUACUUGUUCCUCAAGAUAUGCUUUUCAACGGACUUAUUAUGGUUUCUCAUUUAACUCCCCAGAUCUGUGCUCUUUUCUGUUUUCUGUAUUUGGGUAGAGCUCACACUUUUUGAGGGACCGUACCCUCCGUUAUUUGGCUGUUAAACAAGGAUGGGCUGAGGCAGUGGCAGCAAACUGACAACACCAUUAAAAGCACGUGUCAUACCAAGUAUCUCCAACUUUAGAAAUUGAAAAUGGUCUGUGUUCCACUCUGUCCUGUGACGGACACUGUUUCAGUGCCUCCACCUCUGUACUCCAUGCCAAUUCCUGACCAUCCUUGUCCGCGCACGUGGACCCGUUACCGCUGUGGCACUGUCACUGCAGGGAGGAGCCUGUAUGGGCUGAGCUCUCCUUUCCUUCCUUUCCCCUAGACAGCAACACACCUCCUGCUUUCUAGAAAAGUGCUGGAGGAGAGGAGAGCUACUGAAAAAGCUCUGCUCUGCCACCAACACGCAGAAUGGAAGCCAUUGCCAAGUUUGAUUUCACUGCUUCUGGAGAGGAUGAGCUGAGUUUCCAGGCUGGGGAUAUCCUGAAGAUUUUGAGCUCCCAGGAAGAAUGGUACAAAGCUGAACUCCGAAGCCAAGAGGGCUAUGUUCCUAAGAAUUUCAUUGAUUUUCAUGUUCCCCCCUGGUUUGAUGAGAAGAUAUCCCGCCAUGAAGCUGAGAGCAUCCUCAUGAACAAAGGAGUUGGUUCUUUCAUUGUCCGAGCCAGUCAGAACUCUCACGGUGACUUCUCCAUCUCUGUCAGGCAUGAAGAUGAUGUACAACACUUCAAAGUGAUGAGGGACUCGAAGGGAAACUAUUACUUGUGGACAGAGAAAUUCUAUUCACUGAACAAGCUGGUAGACUACUACAGGACAAGCACCAUCUCCAGGCAGAAGCAGAUCCUCCUGAGGGAUGACAGCCGAGAAGAGAAGGAAAGGCGUGGUGGGAGCCUGGAACGAAUGAGCCGGGAUGGACUCCAUGUGGGUGGAGCAGCUGCAGAAGCUCAUUCUUCUAUGUCCAAGAGAUAUGUGGACCAUCCUGUCCCUGUGUUGCACCAGCAACAGGAUAGGUACGGGGGGAGCCUGGACAGGAAAGAUGCACUGCAUGGACUAAGGUAUCAUAGCCAAGGAAGUGCAGCAGCUAUGCAACGGAGACACACGGACCCACUGCACCAGCAGACACCGCGAAUACUAUGGGUCCGUGCCUUGUACGACUUUGAUGCUGUGGAGCAUGAUGAGCUGGGCUUCCGCAGUGGAGACAUCGUAGAAGUCCUAGACAACUCCAACCCAUCGUGGUGGAAAGGACGUCUGCGUGGGGAACUGGGUCUCUUCCCUGCCAACUACGUCACACCGGUGCUACUGUGAGGCUGCAUUUGUGCCCCAGAGGUCCAUAUCAGAGCUGCUCGUCUGACAUGACAGGGACAGAGAAGGAGUGAAUCUUCCCUUGUCCCCAGGACAUUAGGUGGUUUUGGUUUUGUCUUAAUUUAUUGGCAAUUGAUCUGAAAUGCUGGUGAGAAAGAGAACCCUCUGAAGGAUUUUUUUUUCCCUGUUUUGCAUGUUCAUGACUGGGAGGGGAGCAAGAAUCCUGGACUGUUUAUUGAAAUCUUGCUGGAUCCUCCCUGCCCCGUCAUUCCUUUGGCUAAGUAUUGAUAACUCUCUGCAGUUAGGUUUGUUCUGUGGAAACCCACCUCAGAGAAGUCGGGCUUCAGUAUCUGGGUAGAACCUACCCCUUUGUUUUUUUUAUCUGGUUGCAUUCAUAGUCCCUUCAGGCUCUGUUUCACCUCUUUCAGAGGCAGGGCAAGUGCGCAGGUGAACAAAAUGAUGACUGGUAAUCACAUUUCCUUUAGGUAGAGAUGAAAAGUGCUUAAGCUGAGGUGCAAGGCAACCAUGACUUUUCUAAAUAGUUUUUGGCUUGCACCCCUGGCACUUUCUGUGGGUAUGGGCUGUGUGGAUACCAGGUGAAGGAACUAAAUCCUGUAAGCUUUUGUACAAACAAACCGGUGGUGAAGAUAUGGGAGGGUGAGAAGCUAAUUUCAGUGCUUCUACAGACAGUCCUGCCCUCCUGCACUUCCGUCUGCACCCUACAGCAACAAUUUGUCUCAUUUUCAAGCUGCUUUCCAAGGUACCUGUGCAUCCUUGUAGAUGUCCUGGUUAGAGCAGAUCAAGCCCUUCAGCUAAAUGAAUAUCCUCUGGAUUGGAUAACAGUGGGCAAGCCUUACUGGUUCCUUUCUAAAACUGAACUGGGGAGGGGCUGGGAAGAAGAGGUUUUUCUGGUUUGGUGUCAGAAGUUCUGUCCCUGAGAAGGUGGGGUGUUCUGGAUCACUGUGUACACAGCUCUGACUUGCCAGUGGAAUGCCUCAUGCAAAUCAUUGAGCUGUUACUUUACAGUAUGCAGAGAAUAAAGUGGCGGCCAUUGAA